GCCUGAGUCCUAGGAGGGUAUCUGAGGUGGCAGACCAAAGCUCUGGGGUGGAUUGAGCUUUUCUGUUACCUCAGCCACUGUCUCCUAUGUGACCCUGGGCUGGGAGAAAGGAGUUUACUGUGCCUUGCUCCUUUUCAUCAGCCAGGUCCCUCCUGCCUUCUCCUCCCCAGGAUGGAUAUCCACGUGCUUUCUCUCUGGGACCCACAUUCCCUGGGACCCAUGCUUUGUGAUAAGGGCCUUUAUCUGUCUAUCAGGAAUCGGUGUGCUUUUAAUAUUCUCUGCACUUCCUCCCCCUCCUCCGGAGCCCGGCUCCAUCAGUCAUUUCCUCUCUUUAAUCUUCAGUAUUUCCACCUCUCCUGGUUUCUUCCACUCAGAUUGGAAACACAAAAUUUCUCCUGUCUUACAAAAAAUAAUUCCCUUUUGUUCCUGUUUCUCUACCAGGCUACUCUUGUGAAUUUCAUCAACACUACUGAGGGUUAAGCGCUCACCACCUGCCAGGCCCUGGACUUAGUGCUACCUCCUUUAACCCUGACAACCUUCCUGGUUGGGCACCACUGAAAUGAUGAGGCAGGAGGGCCUCGUAGCAUCCAAGGUCACACAGCACCCAUGGUCCCGAUAUUCCCACCCAGAGUCAGGCACCAUGGAAGAUUUGUGUAAUCCCAGCUACUAACCAACCUGAGAUGAUUUGCAAGUUUGAGGCCAGCCUGGGCAGGUUAGUGAUAACCUGUAAACGGGCUAUGGAUGUAACUCAGAGAAACUGUGCCUACCUGGCAAGCGCAAGAUCCUGAGUUUGAUAUCCAGUACCAGGAAAAAAGAAAAAAAAAAAAAAAAAAGUAAACAGCUGGGGAUGUAGCUCAGCAGGAGAGUUUUUGCCAAGUUUGUGUGAGGUCACAGAAAUAUCCAACUAGCACAGUCUUCUCCAGGCCCAAGGUGCUCUUGCUGGCCCUCCGUCUCCAGCUGCGUCCACCACACUUGCUAAAGAAGGGUAUAUUGGUAAAGCGAGAGAAAGUCCAAUAAAGCAGAUGAAACCAAGCAAAGAUGUGUUCAUAUGACCAGGAACGUGGGUCUGGAGCCAGUCACUGAGACUCCAGGGAUGCACAGUGUCCAAAUUCUCCAUCUUGCUGCUUUCUGCUCUGCUUCGUCUGCUGACCUCAUUAUUUCCUGAGAUACGUUCUGUUCCUCCCUGCAGUUAGGGGAAGGGUGCAGGUCCUCGGCAGGUUUAGCCGAGCUUUCCAACUGGGUGAAUCUGUACAGAAUUGCAGGAUGGUUUCUGAAUGGCCUGGCUUGGGAUACACACCCAUAGAGGCACCAACAGGAGGGCAGGAGGCAGCCAGUGUGACUGCAGCCCUUUCAGGGCCGUACGGUGGUGGACGGCGCUCCAAAGGAGAGGGGUGCCAGCCAACAUAGAAGAACAGGGGGAGGGAUGUCGGGCCCAGGAUACCACAGGUGGCAACCUGGAGUAUCUAAGGCAGCAAGGCCAAGAGAGGAGACCAGAUUGGAGCCAGGGUCUGAAAGACAUCAAGUUCUGUCCUGCGGAGUUUGCACUUGCUUCAAUAAGGAAUUCCCUCAUUCCAUUGUUCCUUCCUUCCUUCCUUUAUUCACUUACCCGCUCAGCAGGAAGUUUUCCAGUGUCUGCUCUGGGCCAGCCCUGUUCUGGGCAUGGGCUACAGAGGUGAGUAAAACCCUGCUGGCCUCCUUGGCCCUCAGUGGCCUAGUGAAAAGGAGAAGACAGCCCCGCAGGCUCACGGUCCCAGCGGCACUGGGAUGGAGCCGGGCUGUGGGGGCAGCGGACCCUCUGAGCCCCUCCCAGCCUGCCCUGUUCCUUGCAGGCGCCUUUCUCGUGCCCUACUUCCUCAUGCUGGCCAUCUGCGGCAUCCCCCUCUUCUUCCUUGAGCUCUCCUUGGGCCAGUUCUCCAGCCUGGGACCCCUGGCCGUCUGGAAAAUCAGCCCCCUCUUCAAAGGUGCCGGCGCAGCCAUGCUGCUCAUCGUAGGCCUGGUGGCCAUCUACUACAACAUGAUCAUCGCCUACGUCCUUUUCUACCUCUUCGCCUCCCUCACCAGCACCCUCCCCUGGGAGCACUGUGGCAACUGGUGGAACACGGAGCGCUGCCUUGAGCACAGAGGCACCAAGGACGGCAAUGGCGCACUGCCCCUCAACUUCUCCAGCACCGUGAGCCCCAGCGAGGAGUACUGGAGCCGCUAUGUCCUUCACAUCCAAGGCAGCCAGGGCAUCGGCAGCCCUGGGGAAAUCCGCUGGAACCUCUGCUUCUGCCUGCUGCUGGCCUGGGUCAUCGUGUUCCUCUGUAUCCUCAAGGGAGUCAAGUCUUCGGGCAAGGUGGUGUAUUUCACGGCCACAUUCCCCUACCUCAUCCUGCUCAUGCUGCUGGUCCGCGGAGUGACCCUCCCCGGGGCCUGGAAGGGCAUCCAGUUCUACCUUACGCCCCAGUUCCACCACCUGUUGUCUUCCAAGGUAUGGAUUGAAGCCGCUCUUCAGAUCUUCUACUCACUGGGUGUGGGCUUCGGGGGUCUUCUCACCUUUGCCUCCUACAACACAUUUCACCAGAACAUCUAUAGAGACACCUUCAUCGUCACUCUGGGCAAUGCCAUCACCAGCAUCCUGGCUGGCUUUGCCAUCUUCUCUGUGCUGGGCUACAUGUCUCAGGAGCUGGGCGUGCCUGUGGACCAAGUAGCCAAAGCAGGCCCUGGCCUGGCCUUUGUAGUCUACCCGCAGGCCAUGACCAUGUUGCCUCUGUCACCCUUCUGGUCCUUCCUCUUCUUCUUCAUGCUUCUGACGCUCGGCUUGGACAGCCAGUUUGCCUUUCUGGAGACCAUUGUGACAGCGGUGACGGACGAGUUCCCAUACUACCUGCGGCCCAAGAAGGCAGUGUUCUCAGGCCUCAUCUGCGUUUCCAUGUACCUGAUGGGGCUGAUCCUCACCACUGAUGGGGGUAUGUACUGGCUGGUCCUUCUGGAUGACUACAGCGCUAGCUUCGGGCUAAUGGUGGUGGUGAUUACCACGUGCCUCGCUGUCACCCGGGUGUAUGGCAUCCAGAGGUUUUGCCGAGACAUCCACAUGAUGCUGGGCUUCAAGCCAGGCCUCUAUUUCAGGGCCUGCUGGCUGUUCCUGUCUCCAGCCACACUCCUGGCCUUGCUGGUGUACAGCAUCAUCAAGUACCAACCCUCGGAGUAUGGCAGCUACCGCUUCCCUGCCUGGGCAGAGCUGCUAGGCAUCCUAAUGGGCCUGCUGUCCUGCCUCAUGAUCCCCACUGGCAUGCUGGUGGCUGUGCUUCGAGAAGAGGGCUCACUCUGGGAGAGGCUCCAGCAGGCCAGCCGGCCGGCCAUGGACUGGGGCCCGUCGCUGGAGGAGAACCGGACAGGCAUGUACGUGGCCACACUGGCCGGGAGCCAGUCGCCAAAGCCGCUGAUGGUGCACAUGCGCAAGUACGGGGGCAUCACCAGCUUCGAGAACACGGCCAUCGAGGUGGACCGUGAGAUCGCAGAGGAAGAGGAGUCCAUGAUGUGAGGCCAGAGGCGGGUGGACAGCAGUCCCUCUAGCUGGGGCGUCAACCUGCGGGGUACAGCUGCACUGCUGGGAUUCUGAGAGGCCAGGAGAGGUUGCCUUGGUGAUGCUGGCCCCCUAGCACAAAUUUCACCUGUGAUCUGUGCCUGUCCUGAAGCCUCUACCUGGCCCUGCACCCCCCCACACACACACAGUGAGGCCCUCACUCUACUAUAGAAAGGCAUAAUAAGGCCUGGGAGGGAGGGACUGGCCCCCAAGGUCACAGGGCAGAGACGAUGUGGCCCCGGGCCUCUGGACCAGUCAGCAUCUGUUCCCCACAUUGUCACCUCUGCUCAGGGCCCAGACCCUGAGCUCUGCUUGAGAAGCUGUGCUCACAGUGUCCUCUUGCACACACCCUGAACUUCCGGGCAGCAAGAGGCCCUGGAUGGAGAGGGCUCAGUAAAUGAAGUGGGAAGAAAGAUCCCUGUGGGUUGCCAAGUGCAGGCCACGCUUCCCAAAAGUGGGAGCUGAGGGCCCUGGAGGAAGGGAAUUUUUUAAGAGAAAUAAAGGGGAGGCACCUCGGCUAGAGCUGCUCCACUGGGCCAGGGGGAGGCCAGCCUGCCCAUGUGGAGACCUGUGUGGUUGGCAGUGAUGGUGCCAGUGUUCAACAGCAUUCUGGCGCCAGUGAAGACUAGCAGGGCCGGGAGCUAGGGACGGUGGGUGGGAGGGAAUUGCAUGAUACCUGGCAGCACUGUGGGUCUCUGCAGGGUGCACUGGAGGGCAGGGUACACCUGGGGAGGCCUGUGGGGGUAGGCUUGAGACCUGAGUUAGGGCACUAGGGUGAGGACAGGGAAAGACAGAAGGGUGCAGGCCUUUGAAGAAGAGCCAUACCUUCCCCUGGCCCCGGUUCCCUGGAGUGGCAGGGAGGCCUGAGAGUCACGAGCUGUACAGUGGGAUGAGAGGUUAUGGUCAGGACCCAGGGCUGCUCUCUCCCCUCGCCUUCACCCCAGAGGCCCUUUCCAUCUCCCCCAUCUCUAGGUGUUCCUGGGACAUUCAUUGUCCUUGGCUGUGGGUGACAGGAGAAGCCGUAAGACCCAGAGAGCAGGGCCCAGCAUGAGGGCACAGAUGAGAGCAGGGGGUGGUCUUGAGUACCUCGGGUCCCCACCUGGGUGCAAGCCCAAGUGGUUUCUUGUGCACAGCCCUCUCCAUUGGGGCAGAGCACCUUGGCACUGCUGCAGUAGCCGCUAUACCCUGUCUCCUGGCAUUGCCCCAGCCCAUCUGUGAUCCUUCGGUUGAUUGUUAAUAAACACGAGCUUUGUUGAUUCUCCUCACCCUGUCUCCUGAUCCCCAAGAGAAUGCGCUGGGCAGCCCAGCCUUUCCAGUCCUACAGGACAGAUGAAGAGGCUGAGGCUCAGCUGCCACCUUUU